GUAACUUUACAGGCCAGACAUUGCGUGCAGGAACUGUUCAAUGCUCGUUCAAUAAUUCAGAACAUACAACAUUCAGGCUAUUUUGGUAUCAGAAUUCAACCGAGAGCUUUCAAUGCAACUUCCAAAGGGCUGGGCCAUUGCAUUAAACCUGCUGAUGUUUCAUGGCCUGCGAUCCUCUACGUUUUCUCUCAGGAGUUAUGUGUACAGGCUUGUUAAAGUAUCAACACGUUCAGAGCUCUCAAUAUACGUUUUUAAGUGUAUUCGUCAUAAAAUUACAUUGGCAUUGUACCCGUUGCGUGCCCCAUCUACAGCCUAACUGAACUGUCCUUUCAUCGCAGUAGCCUCAAACCACGAUUGUGAAGACGGAGUGAUAAUGACACAGCACCAAAUGCUUGAAUGGGCCAUUAUUCGCUGGCACGUUAUGCUAUACAUAACAUCUAAAUACUCCCUGACAGUAGUGUAUUGCAUGUGUUAUAUUUGAACAUUUCGAUACGUUACUUUGACAGAUAACCAAUCCUGGCCAUGGAGUUAAAUAAUCCAGCUAAGAAUGAUGUGAUUCCAGAGUGGACCAUCAUGCUGAUUGGGAAGAGUGGAGUUGGGAAGAGCUCUUCAGGGAACACCAUCAUAGGCAGCCCUGUGUUUCAGUCAGACAUGAAGCUGGCCAGGGUCACCCAGAUCUGUGAGAAGGAGAAGACGGAGGUUGAUGGGAGGCCCAUCUCUGUGAUCGACACACCAGGACUGUUCGAGACCAAUCGCAAAGAGAAGGAGAUCCUCCGUGAGAUCCUGAAGCGUGUGAAGCUGCAGGAGCCGGGACCCCACGCCUUCGUGGUGGUGGUUCCUCUGGGGAGGCUGACCAUGGAGGACCAGGAGACCAACCUGCGGAUUGAAGCUGCGUUCGGUCCCCAUGUCUGGGACUACACCAUCGUGCUGUUCACCUACGGAGACCGCUUGGAGGGCAAGUCCAUUAAUGAUGUGAUUGCAAGCAGCGAUUCGAACCUCCGUGACUUCAUCCGCAAAUGCAGUGGCGGUUUUUUGGUGUUUGACAACAAAAACGCAGAUAAAUCAGGUGAUCAGGUGUCCAGGCUGCUGGAGAAGAUCGACACCCUGGUGGCCUUAAAUGGAGGAGGGUGCUACAGCAGUCAGCUGUACCCCCCGAAGGAGAGGAGGGUCAGGGAGAAGCAGGAGAGCAUCCUGGCAGAGAAGGACGGGGAGAUCCGCCGUAAAGAGAGAGAGCUGGAGGACAAGUACAAGGACGAGGAGCUUAAGAAGAAACGUCAGGAGCUGUGGAUAAGAGAGGAGGAGGAGGCCAGGAAGGAGGCAGAGAGCCAGCCCAGUAAAAUCUUCUCUUUUGCAAAAUUCCUAAUUGUUUUUACAGUUCUAACAGGAGUGGCAUACUACCUGUUACCUACUACCGACCAUUUUUUUUAUUUGGCAGUGUUGGUUCUGGGCGGUUGUCUCCUGUUUAAAGACCAGCUGGUUCAUGUUGUGGGCAGGUGGUGGAGAAAAUGAGAAAUAGUAAUCAGUAGUUGAGUUUGAAUGUUCUGUUGGUGGGUCUCAUUCACACUUUCUAACCUUAAUUUUUCAGUUUAAACUAUGACCAUUGUUUGUCUUAUGCUAUAACAUGUCCUGUAAGUGAUUUCUAUUUUUUCAAUUUUCACAAAGAAUGGAGAAUAAAUCUUUCAUCCUGAAUCUUUUUCGUUUUUUUGUGUAUUAUUAAUAAUAAAUUAAGUCUUGACAAUGA